AUGAGCGCGGCGCGGAUUAUAAACAGUGGGGCCGGAGAAGACUAUGCUUGGGCAAGGGUGGGCUCUGUCACUAUAGUCAGUGUCUACCUUUCUCCGAACAAUAGCGCACGCGAAUAUGAAGACAAGCUAAAAGUCCUGGAAGACGUCGCCAGAGACCUGACUGGCGAUGUAAUCGUGGCGGGCGUCUUUAACGCGAGAGCGAUCGAACGGGGGAUGCCUGCGACGAACAGACGAGGACGACUGAUUCUACAAAUGACCGCCCGGAUAGAAUUGGAAGUCAUAAAUGACGGAAACGUGCACACCAGACGACCCGGCUUUGGUAACUCUAUACCAGAUAUAACCUUAGCCAAAGACAGAAUGUUGACAAGGCUAAGGGGAUGGAGAGUAAUCAAGGACUACGCGGACAGUGAUCACCAGUACAUUGUCUUUAGCCCGACCAGUGACGCUGCGUUGAGGCAAAGACAGAGUGUGCGGACGACACGAUGGGACAUUGGACGCAUAAACAGGGACGAAAUCAAGAGACUACUGCAAAACGUAGCAAUACCUUUUGCGGACCUGUCUCAAGGAAGGACGGACCGAAUCGCGGCCGAAUGGAGUGCUAACGACCUAGAAAAGUAUCUGCAGCGCAUCUGCGAGGCCGCGAUGCCACGGAAACGAUACAGACAGGACAGAAGACAGAUGUACUGGUAG